UAGCACAUCUCACGAUGUAUUUGCUAGUGAAUAGAAUAGUUAUAUUUUAAAUAAUUUAUUUAUUAAAGAUUACCACUAAUUAUGCUAGAGAGCAAAAGAAACGGUGCUCGAAAAUGCGGAUUGCGAACGUACUCUUUGUUUUCUUUCCGCACUGGCGGUAAGUGUGUAAUGAAAGAGGUGCACUUUUGAAGCGGUUAUUCUGUGCCUUAUAAACUUUACGUGAGACAUGCCAAGCUUUGAACGAGAAUGAGAGCUUUCUUUUGCCUCUACAAUACAUGGCGCCUCGGUCCUGUGUGUAACAGUGUUCAGUAAUUUGAGUAAACUCUGAUACUGAUGUCACAGAGCGAGUCUGAGAGCGACAUCUGGGAAUACAAAUCUCUUAAGAAGACUAAAAGACAAGACAAAACUCCGAAAUCUAGUGAAGAUGGAUCAAAGCGACGGAGGCUGGCAAAGCAAGGGGCGUCAAAGAAAAAGUCAGAUAAAUCCUGCAGAGGGGGUAGAUUGAGUACUGAGCCCAAGACAGCGACUAAACUAUGUACACAGAGUCAGCCUGUUCAAGUGACCAAUGCAGACGGACCACUAACCAAAUCCUCCCUACCAUCCGGCUCACAGUCAGCCGAAGUGCAUGAUGGGCCAUCAGAUCAGUCCAGGGGUUACUGUCCUGUCUGUCAAAUGCCAUUUUCCAUUUUGGUCGUCCAGACAGCACAAUGGCAUGUUGCUGAAUGCCUGGAGAACCCUGGAGAAACAAGUAAAGAAUGUCCAGAUGGCCUACAGUGCUCCUCCUCCAUUCCAAACCACUACAAGUGGUACAGCCACUCUCUUUUAGCUCACAGUCGAGCACUAAAUGCCACAGAGUCUGCAUCUUCAAUACUGGGCCACACGCCUAGAUUCCAUCUGGAGCAGAAGACGUUUCAUAAUGAUACCAUUAUUUAUAGUAAAGAUAGCGUUGUGGACAGUGCUGUCAAUCUGUCCACUGCAUCCAGCCAGAGUGCCUUUCCUGCUCAUGGAUCUAGAGAAUCUCUUACUCCUGUCCGUCCUAAUGCCUUCCAGCUCUUGCGCUCACCAGGGCCUGAGGAUAUUAAGAAAAAGAAAGGCUGGUCCCCUUCUACCAAAGGACCUAGAUCUCACACCUCAACUCAGGAAGCUAAAAUUAGGAUGUCAACCCCAGUGAAAGCAGGAAAUGUAAGUCAUGAUGUUCAGACUAGAGAAGUAAAAGAGGAACCAUGUACUUUAGAUGAUGAUGAUGAUUAUAUCUCAUACUCUCCUCUUUCUGAGCUCCCUGCUGAGACUGAAGAGAAGCAGAUAAAGAAAAAACUGUUUCACAGUACAGCACUAGAGGAGGUGAAUGAGAAAGAUGAUCAUUCUGAUUCACUGAUAUUGUUCAAUGAUAGUGCACUGAGUGGUGAUGACCUGUUUGCUGAUGUCUUGGAUCAGUAUGAAACCGAGAGAGUCAGAAGUCCAGGAGAUCCAGUCAUUAAGGAGUCUCUGUACACCUGUGACCAAUUAGAGUCAUUAGAGUCACAUGAACAUUUGACAAGUUCCAGCUGUGCAGGCCCUACUGAUAGACCUCUUCAGUCCAGUUCCCCUUUUAGACACUCAAAAGACGUGCAUGUGAAGAAAGAAAGGGAAGAUAAUCCUCAGCUACCGUCUCCUCAAAAUCUGGUCCUGGAACGUCUUCGUGAAUGCAUAUCAACUGCUGCAAAGUUCGAAAGUCUUAAUUCUACUUGUGUUGAUGUAAAGUCUGAUUCUUUGAAUCAGGAAAUGUCUUCCACUCAAACAAUCUUGGCCACUAGGAAACAAACUCUUUCCCUGACACCCAAAAAAUCCCAGACCAAAGCAGGAGCAUCUGGUUUAAAGCAAACUGAUAUUGGAGUCUUUUUUGGACUGAAGCCUUUGAAAGAAAAGAGAGAGGAAGUUAGCACAACUGUGGAAGAGAAAGUCCAGGUGAGCUCUGCUUCAGGGAAGAGCUCAGGAGCCGCAGAGCGACAGACUAGACGGAGGAAGAACACGGCAGUAUCUGAAGUGACCACGAUGAGGGAAGAAGCAGGAGAAGGAGCUGCUCAGCCUACGCAAACAGAAGGCAGCCGAGGAGCGAGGGCAUGGGGGAGGAAGAGGUGGAACAAAACAAGAGCGACAGAUGGAGAAGCAGAAGAGCCCAAACGAUGCCCGUUCUACAAGAAAAUCCCUGGAACGAGUUUUGCUGUGGAUGCUUUUCAGUAUGGGAAUAUCAAAGGCAUUACGGCCUACUUCCUCACACAUUUCCACUCUGAUCACUACGGAGGACUGAAGAAAACCUCAACUUUUCCUAUCUAUUGUAAUAAAAUAACAGGCAACCUGGUGAAGAGUAAACUGCAUGUGGAUGAGCAGUAUAUCCAUACUCUCCCCAUGAAUGAGGAAUGUGUAGUCGAUGGUGUAAAGGUUAUCCUACUAGAUGCCAAUCACUGUCCAGGAUCAGCCAUGCUGCUGUUGCUAUUGCCAGAUGGCCAGACUGUGCUCCACACGGGCGACUUCCGGGCUCAUCCGUCCAUGGAGCGCUACCCGGAGUUGCAGGGCGUCAGGAUUCAGACACUUUAUCUGGACACCACGUACUGCAGUCCAGAAUAUGCAUUUCCCACACAGCAGGAAGUGAUCACCUUUGCUGCUAACACAGCCUUUGAGCUGGUCACACUCAACCCUCGCACGCUGAUUGUGUGUGGCACCUACUCUGUGGGAAAGGAGAAGGUGUUCUUAGCCAUUUCUCAGGUGCUGGAUUCAAAGGUCUAUAUGUCCAAAGAUCGUUAUAAAACCAUGUGCUGUCUAGAGUCGGAGCACAUCUACCAGUGUAUUACCACAGACAUGAAGGCAGCUCGGAUCCAUGUUCUUCCCAUGAUGCAGAUCAAUUUCAAGAAUUUAAAAACAUACUUGAACAAGUUUUCUGGUACGUAUGACCAGCUGGUGGCAUUCAAACCCACGGGCUGGACCUUCAGUCAGGAAGUGGGUGUGGCGCACAUACAACCUCAGGUCAAAGACAACAUCAGUAUUUAUGGUAUUCCAUACAGUGAACACAGUAGCUACCUGGAGCUGAAGCGCUUUGUGCAGUGGCUGCGGCCACUGAAGAUCAUUCCCACAGUGAACGUGGGCAGUUGGAGCAGCAGGAAGGCCAUGACCAACUGCUUCAGUGAGUGGCAAGCAGAGGUUAAAGCUCUAAAUGUUGGACCAAGGAGUGACCAUAAAAAAGGCUCCUGUACAAGAUAGUAACUGAUCACUGCCUCACCACAGAUCAGCGUUUGGCCAAGUAGUCAAAUUGUGUAUUCAGAUCCCAAAGGCAAGCCUGGUUAUAAGCAUAAUCUUCUCAUUUAGAGCAAUGCAGAAGAAAAUUUGGAACCACGGUUUUAGUGUGUGUUUUUAAAUUGUUGCCUUUGCAGUUUUACAUUGGUGCCAUUCCUCAUUCUGGUACAGAAACAAAUGUCAUUGUUUAUCUCAAGUUACCAGUCAAAGUAAUUAGUAAUGAAUGCACUAAAUCUGAGGUUCAUUCUGAGGUGGACUAUUCUGUUCCAAUACAUUUCCUGUGCCAUAACUCUAUCAUUGUCUAUGAAUGUUUUAAAUGUUUAAAAUAUGCAAAUAUGUGCAAAUAAAUCUUUUAAAUAAUGA